CUUCUAAGAUUUUCUUAUUAUAUAACACUCCGUUUGAACUUUGAAGGAAUCAAUCAAAGAAGAUUUUUUAUCAGCCAUGACACUGCACACAGUGUUUACUGCGGUCUCAGUGUAUCUGAUUCUCGUCCAUGCAUCAAUGCUUGCUAACUCAGCCAUGGAUCCCUACAAAGCCCUCAACAUCAUCCUCAACCCAAACGGCACCCUCACACGCUUAAGCAUUUCGCCGCAAAGCCCUCCCUCGCCGGAUCCCUCGCUCCCCACACCGGUUCUCUCCAAAGACCUCCCCAUCAACAAAUUCAACCACACCUGGGCGCGGAUCUACCUACCCCACAAAUCACUCCAUCAUUCCCCCAACCCCAAACUACCCCUCAUCGUCUUCUACCACGGCGGAGGCUUCAUCUUCGAAAGUGCAGCCUCCACUUACUUCCACGACUUCUGCGUCAGAAUGGCCCACACCACGCAGUCCGUCGUGGUUUCGGUCGACUACCGCCUCGCCCCGGAGCACCGCCUCCCCGCCGCCUACGAAGACUCCGUGGAGGCGCUGCACUGGAUCAAAGCCUCCAACGACGCCUGGUUGCGCCACGCCGAUUACUCCCGCUGCUAUCUGAUGGGGGAGAGUGCCGGGGGAAACAUUGCCUACACGGCUGGUCUACGUGCGGCGGCGGAGGUUGGCAAGUUGAAACCGCUGAAGAUUGCAGGGUUGAUAUUGAUUCAACCGUUUUUUGGUGGGAAGAAGAGGAGUCCAUCAGAGAUAAGGCUUGCCGAGGACAACACUAUACCUUUGCCUAUCACAGAUCUGAUGUGGAAUCUGUCGCUGCCCGUUGGCGUUGACCGUGAUUACCCGUAUUCAAAUCCAACUAUCAACGGUGGAGAUAAGAUUUUGGAUGAGCUUAAGGUUCUUGGUUGGAGGGUUGCGGUGUUUGGAUGUGAAGGGGACCCACUGGUGGCCCGCGAGAGAGAGCUGGUGAAAUUGCUUGAGCAUAACGGUGUGAACGUGGUUGGAAAGUUUUAUGAAGGGGGUCGACAUGGCAUCUUUGUCGGUGACCCUUCCAUGUCCCUCCAAGUCUUUCGUUUACUUAAAACUCUUCAUUAGCUACUUUUUUGGUUGUUUUUUAUGUUUUAUGCACCCAAUGUUUAAUAAACCAAGCUAUUUAUAU